CAGAAGUUUUCCUAAGGAGUUAGCAAGGAGUGACGAGGGGGACACUUGGCUGCGGCGGCACUUAGGGAGACACCGUAGGAUCCUGCUGUGACAGAAGACGCCCUGGAGCAGUCAGCAGGGAUUGUAAUGACUAUGAUUUCCAAUACACUAAGCAGAUCCUAUGGCUGUCAUCGCCAUAAGGGUCAAUAAAUCCCCCCUGCUGAUUCCAUGAGGUCUGGAGAGGAAGCACAAUCUCAUUGCAUGGAUGUAAUCUGCCGGCUACACCGACUGCUGCAUCCAUAGUAUUCAGUCCCUGGACUCUGCAAUACAAACCAAAAGAAAAAAAAAAACGCAGGAUAAAAACGCAGGAAAAACCCCCCAAAAAUUAAUUCUUAAUUUCAUAACACACGUGGGGGAAAAUGGAAAAUGAAGCAGCCAAAACCGUGGACAAUCAGAUGGAGAAAUACAUAGUUACAAUUAUGGGGAAAUCUGAGAGUCAAAUGGACAUAGUAGAAAAAUCCAAUAAAUCCGUGAAAAAGUCUUGGAGCGUGGUAGAAAUUGGCCUCUCUGUGCUGCUGUUCUUGAUGACCUGUGGUCUUAUUACUCUCUUGGUGCUGUACACAACUAAUAAAGAGACGGUGUGCACUACAACGGGAUGUGUUACUGCAGCUGCAAGAAUUAUCCAGAACAUGGACCCUUCUAUAGAACCUUGCACUGAUUUCUACCAAUAUGCCUGUGGUGGUUGGCUAAAUAAGCACGUAAUACCAGAGACCAGCUCCCGCUAUAGCAUCUUUGAUAUUCUUCGGGACGAAAUGGAGAUUAUAUUGAAGGGUUUACUGGAAAAUUCUGACCAAGAUGACCGCGAUGCCUUUAAAAAAGCCAAAAUUUUAUAUAAAUCCUGCAUGAAUGAAAGUCUGAUUGAGCAGAGAGACUCAUUACCUCUUUUAGAUCUUUUAACUCUGGUUGGAGAAUGGCCAGUGGCUUAUACAGAUUGGAACCUCACCAAAGAGUCCAAUUGGAGUUUGGAAGAAAAAAUAUCCCUUUUGAACAACAGAUUCAACAAAAGAGUCCUCGUUGACCUAUUUGUAUGGAAUGAUGACCGGGAGUCAAACAAGCACAUCAUUUAUAUUGACCAGCCCAGCCUCGGAAUGCCUUCCAGAGAUUAUUAUUUUAACAGAGGAAAUUAUCAGCGGAUUAGGGAAGCCUACCUCCAAUUUAUGAUCACCAUUGCUAAAAUGGUACGAGAAGACAAGAACCUUACGAAAGAUGACAAUUACGUGCAGGAAGAAAUGGCUCGUGUAAUGGAAUUAGAGUCCGAUAUUGCGAAGGCCACAGCACCAUCUGAAGAACGGAAUGAUGUCACCUUGUUAUACAACAAAAUGACCAUUACCGAGUUCCAGCAGAAGUUUGCAAUAGAUGAUUUUAAUUGGACCAGUUUCAUCCAAGAAGUAAUGACGUCUGUUGACAUUGAGCUUCAUCCAGAAGAGGAAGUUGUAGUGUAUGGAGUUCCUUAUCUCCAUCAGCUUAAAGCAAUUCUCUCUAAUUAUUCAGCAAGCACUUUGCAAAAUUAUCUAGUUUGGCGACUGGUAAUUGACAGAGUUAGCAGUCUCAGCAGACGCUACAAAGAUGCAAGGGCCAACUACAGAAAGGCUCUGUAUGGGACCACAUUAGAAGAGGCUCGAUGGAGGGAGUGCGUCAGCUAUGUCAAUAGCAAUAUGGAGAACGCUGUCGGAGCCAUGUAUGUCAAAGAAACAUUUGCUGGUGAGAGCAAGAGGAUGAUCAGUGACCUCAUAAAUAAAGUACGUGAAGUAUUUAUUGAGACUUUGGAUGAAUUACAAUGGAUGGAUGGGACAUCAAAAGAAAAGGCACAAGAAAAGGCACUGUCAAUAAAAGAGCAAAUUGGUUAUCCAGACUAUAUUCUAGAAGAUCAAAAUGAUAAACUGGACCAGGAGUCUGCAUCAUUAAACUUUAGCGAAGAGAAAUAUUUUGAGAACAUACUGGAAAUCCUAAAAUCUACAGCACAAAAGAGUCUAAAAAAGCUAAGAGAGCCAGUCGACGCUGAUGCUUGGAUAAUUGGUGCAGCAGUAGCUGAUGCCUUUUACUCCCCCAACCGGAACCAGAUCGUAUUCCCUGCUGGGAUCCUUCAACCUCCAUUUUUCAGUAAACAACAGCCUCAAGCAUUGAAUUUUGGGGGAAUUGGCAUGGUCAUUGGUCACGAAAUCACUCAUGGCUUUGAUGAUAAUGGACGGAAUUUUGACAAGGAUGGAAAUAUGUUCGACUGGUGGAGUAACUUUUCCGCAAUGCACUUCAAAGAUCAGUCCCGAUGCAUGGUCUACCAAUAUGGAAACUACACGUGGGACUUGGCCGGUGGACAAAAUGUAAGUGGUAUUAUUACCCUCGGAGAAAAUAUUGCAGAUAAUGGCGGCGUCCGACAGGCUUACAAGGCAUAUCUGAAAUGGGUGGAGAGACAUGGCAAAGAGCCUAAGCUACCUGGACUGGACCUGACACACAAGCAGCUUUUUUUUCUGAAUUUUGCACAGGUAUGGUGUGGAUCUUAUCGGCCAGAAUAUGCCAGGCACUCGAUAAAGACAGAUGUGCACAGUCCAUUUAAGUACAGGGUGAUGGGAUCCUUACAAAACUUUGAAGCUUUCUCUGAAGAAUUUAAUUGCAAGAAAGGCACCAUGAUGCACCCUGUAGAAAGAUGCCGGGUCUGGUAGUCUCAUGCCUUGAUCCUUAAAAAUCAACCUGAAAAUGUCUACUGGGCUGGCUUAUACAUAUCGAACAGUUCUAGCCUAUGACAUGCCUGGUAUUUCCCUCUGAUCAGUUCAGAGCCAUGGUGUGUGUAGCAAGUCGGGGACAAGCAAGCUGACAGGCAUACUGUUUUAGGAUUCCUCUGGCACAAAAGAUAGUGUUAACAGUUUCAUGCAGUAUGUCCCAUUGAGAAAGUUGUGAUAGAAAUGACUGUAUUAAUGGCUUGACUGUUAUAAAAAAAAUUCUGUCAGGUUUUCAAAGACUAGUUCCAAGAAGAUGUAUUUUUCCCUCAAGUUGACUUGGCUUUUGAUAUCAUGUUGUAUGUCUGUGUUGCUCUCACUUCACAUCAUUGUCAUACAAAACAUACAAAACAAAAUGUUCAGGGAAAUAGCAAAAUCUCUGAUAACAGUUCUUUAUGUAAGGUUUGCCCCCCAGAACUAGACACAUAUUCAUGUUAUUGUCAUACCUCUGUGUCCUGUAGCUGGCGUGUUCGAUUCUACUACUACAGGCAGGUUUUUACUACAAUUUGCAUAAUUAUAACUAUUUCUUAUUAGAUGCCAUGAUUUUUUUCAGAUAUUCACUGAAAUGUAUUAUAACUAGGAGCAAACUGACCAUUUGGGCAUUAAAGCCAAUGGCCAAAGCUAUGGCAUGCAUAAGCAAUUGAUGUGAUAAGUGCUGCUCCAGAUUUCCCCUUGUAUUAAGCCAAAUUAAGUGUAUUAUGGCUAUAGUGGUUGGUAAGUGGCCUGUGACCCUAAUGUUCAAUGGCCCAGAUCACUCACUGUCCACCUCUGAUUCAUUAAAUGUACAGUGAAGCACCAGUAUUGCUCAUCGCGAAAAUGUUAUGCUCUUUGCAUAACUGCAUUUUCAGUAGGUUUAAAUUUACGUACUGUAUCUACUUGCUGAAACAAAAGCAAGAAUUCUAGCAAAUGUUUUUAUAAAAAAUUCCUUCAACCAUCCAUCAUAGAGACUGCCAAGGCCAUUGCAAUUUGAAGUUUGAGCGUAUAGGACUGUUGGAAGAAUAUGUGUUGGAUGCCAAUUGUUGAAAAGACUUGAAGGGUUGUUUCGUUGUUUCCAUGAGGACAUUUAUGGCAUAUCCACAGGAUAUGUCAUACUGUAAAUGUCCGAUAGGUGUGGGUCUCUCUGCUAUCUCAAGAGCUGAGCCCCAUCACUCACUACUGUAAAUGGACAGAAGUCCUACUGAAGUGAAUUGAGAGAGUCAUGCAUGCGCUGCCACAUUUCCAAUCUGUUUGGCACAUGAGGGGGCCCCAUUCUUGGGGUGACACCUACAUUUAUU